UUUAUUACAACAUCCUUCUUGGUGUGGGCAAAUAUAAGCCCGGGUCUAUGGUCAACCUAGACUAGAACAUUCAACAGCACGGCAGUCACCAUGAACGUUCUGCUAGUUUUUAUUGGACUCGUGGUCCCAACCCUUGCGGCCCCGGAGAAGCGAAUCGUGAACGGACAAGCAGCCAGCCUGUUCGAACAUCCCCACCAAGUUUCACUGCAGGCUUAUUCGGCCCCCUACGGCUGGUAUCACACAUGUGGAGGUGUACUCAUUGCAGUCGACAAAGUGCUGACCGCUGCCCACUGUGUGGACAAGUCCCAGGCCAGGAAUCUCCGUGUCAUCGUCGGCGCCCUGAACCUGAACAGCCCCAAUGAGUACACCCAGACACUGGGCGUGGCCUCCUACGUCAUGCACGAGCUCUACAACGCCAACGGCAACGGCUACCCCAAUGACAUCGCCGUCAUCUACCUGCAGACUCCAGCAACACUGAACAGAAACGUUCAGCUCGCCUCAUUGGCACCCAAGGGCUCAUCGUUUGCUGACACGACUUGCGUCAUCACUGGCUGGGGCAGAACUUCCGGUACCGGCAGUACCUCCACCAUCCUGCUUGAGGCCCACAUCACCAAGAUCACCAGAGAGGCUUGUCACGCCAUCUGGAGUCAGUACGGAGUCAGCAUCACCGCCAAGCACAUUUGUGUGUACGAGGAGUCAGGUUCCAGCGGGUCCCGCCCCAGUUCCUGUAUGGGUGACAGCGGCGGCCCUAUGAUGUGUGGCAGGAACUACGAGUACCGCCUUGUGACGUCAUGGGGAGCCAGCUCGUGCAGUGGAGAUUUCCCCAGUGUGUACACCAGAGUGUCUGAGUACGUGGACUGGGUCAACGCUCACCUAUAAACACACUACACACGUCACUGGCGUCUAUAAACACCAGUGUGUUAGACACUGUGUCUCUAGUAUGACAACGUUCAAUAAAAACUACCAAUUG